AUGCCUCUUCGUGCAUUAGUUGACUUGGGUAUUGAAGAUGUUGACUAUGGAGUUCAUGUUAGAGUUCUGCGCAAAUGGAUUGUGAAGAACAGAGGCACCAAAGAAGAUGUUUUUGUUAACAUGAUCAUUCUUGAUGCUUUGGGAUAUCAAAUGGAAAUUGUUAUUCAUAAGAUCUUGAUCCCAAGGUUUGCUCCACUCAUUAAGGAAGGCAGCGUGUACUAUUUCGGUCAGUUCUGUGUUCAUAGGAACACUUCUAGCUUCCAUGUAACUGCACCGAAGUUUCGUAUCGUGCUCCUCCCUGAUUCGGUGAUUUUGUGGGACUCAUUGGUCGACCAGCUUGACAAUUUCCUUUCCACUGAAUCUGAAAUUGGGACAAUGCUCACAAUCACUUCUGUUUAUGUGCAUAAGUACCAUGGAGAGUACUUUUUUUCCUCCUCAUGUGCCUCUAAGAUGCACUGCAAUCUGCACUAUCCUCCUGGCCAUGCUUUGCUCGAUUUCAGUAGCAGUAGUGGUGUUCCUCGCAGUGAUGGUGAAAUCUACCAGAGUCUGAUCGUACCAAGUUCUGUCAAAUCAAUGGAAGCUUUGAAUGCUGCUGGUCCCAUUAAGGGACUGACUUUCAAAAUACAAGCAGAGGUCACAGAAGUGAAUGCUUAUUGGUCUGAUCGACAAGAAGCUUUUAUAGUUCAGCUUCUGGUGAAAGAUGGCAACGAUGGUUGUGCUUUAAUCUUCAAAAGUAAUGUCUUUUGGUCAAUCACAGACUCAAAUUUUGAGAGUGCAGCUCAGUUUCAGAGGUCAAGUUUCGAGGUCAACCUGAAGUCCUUCAGGGGCAAGAUGUUUCAGUUCCUGGUGAAAGCUGUGCCUCACUUUUAUAAACCUGGAGGAGUGCACUUUGAGAAACAAGCAUCAGGAGGUGCAGCUUCCGAUUUGUCGGUGCCGGGAACAUGGGUCUUGCGAUUAUCGGAGCUCCAGCCAGCAAAUCCAAAGUUUUCGCAAAGCAGGAUGGCGCCGCAGUUGAUGAAGGAUUUAGCAACUCAUUCUCAAAAAUGGAUCAUUCAAUGCCGUGUCUCUCCGAAGUGGAUCGCAACUAACUGCAACACAGGAAAAGUACUGCAUUUGGACAUGGUGCUCAUCGAUUCCGAGGGAUCAGACAUUUGGGCAACGAUUCCUCCACUAUUGAUUCCAAAAUUUGAAUCCAGUUUGAUAGAACAAGAAGUGUAUGAGAUUAGGCAUUUCAAGGUUGCUAUGACGAAGAACACAUUUAGGCUUGUUCCUAAUCAUCUGAUGAUUGAGUUUGAUGCUGUCACUUUAGUCCAACAUAUCAAAACAGUGUCGCCCAUACUUACUUAUAAGUGCUACUUUCUCAAUCAUGCUGCUAUGAUGAAAAGGCUGUAUGAUAAGAAGAACCUUUCAGGGGAGAUGGUGAAAGUCACUUUGUGGGGAAGUAUUGGCAAGCAAUUAGAAGACAUCAUCUCUCGCAAUGAAAGGACAGCUGUCAUUCUGACCAUUACCUCUGUGUUUGUGGAUGAAUUUAAAGGAGCAACUCAGUUGAAGGCCAACUUGGAUAUUCCAAAAGUGCUUGAGUUUAAUGCAAAGGACACAAAUCUGGCAGCACCAGUGCUGCUUGCUGAAGUCCCAGCUGUCGAGAUUCCAAAAUUUUUGCUAGCUCAACUAAAUGAGUUCAAAAGCAAUGAAGCACAGAGUGACAAACUAUUUUCGGUUGAAGGAAAGGUGACUCAAGUGCGUCCUAAUUGGUGUUACAUGGGAUGUGUUGCAUGGCCGCGGAAGGUGGAGGAGGAUCUGGAGGAGUAUUUUUGUGGCCACUGUAAGACAACAUCUUCCAUUGCUAAAGCAAAGUAUAGAGUUAAAUUCCAGCUGGAAGAUAAUACUGGAGAGGCUGAUUUUGCCAUCUUGGAGCAUGAAGGGCUGCGCUUUUUUGGAGUAAUGGCUGAUGAGUUAUUCCAAUUAAACCAGAGGAACAAAGAACCUCUUCCGCCCCAGAUUCAUCAGAUUGUGAACAUGACACUGAAGCUAACUGUUAAACUAACUGAGUUUAACAUCAUGAACCCACAAACUGAGAUCUCUGUAGUUAGCAUUGAUCAUGAUCCUCUUCAGCAACUCAACAAGGAUCCAUGUUCAAAGGAUCUUGGAGGAGCAACCUCAGUUGGACAGAAAAUGGAAGCUGCUCUUGAUUGUGAGGCUGACGAUGAGAAGUAG